ACCCAGGCGUCCACAACGCAGGCGCCCACAACCAGUCAGGCGCCCACAACAACUCAGGCACCCACAACAACUCAGGCACCCACAACAACUCAGGCGCCCACAACAACUCAGGCGCCCACAACAACUCAGGCGCCCACAACAACUCAGGCGCCCACAACAACUCAGGCGCCAACAAACAGUCAAGCGCCCACAAGCAGUCAGGCGCCCACAACAACUCAGGCGCCAAUAACAAAUCAGGCGCCAAACAACACUCAGGCGCAAACGGUAACCCAGGCACAAAAUACAACCAUUUUGCCACCAACCACUCAAUUGAACAACCAAUCUACUGAAAAUCAGACUUUUACUGAGGUGUCAAUUACAACUGUGCCAACAACAGCACAAGAAAACAGUACAGUAACCUCUACGGAUAUUUCUGGUCAGCGAGGCAGUCUCAUAUCAGAUGAAGAGCUUGCCAUCAUCCUCGUGGGCAUUGUCGCCGGUUUGAUUUUCAUAUUUACCCUGGUUGCUCUGGUUUCGUGGUGUAUACGUGCGAGCAGAAAUGACUAUUGGCGCCACCAGAAGCGCCAUCGACGCCAUGCAAAGCAUAAUGGGAACCACAUCGAGUACGACAACGACGCUUACGUGGACCCUUCAAACAGCAUCUACGUGCCGUAUGCAGGCCCGCCGACGUUCACUUCCGGGAUCAACACGUCGGCGUCAGCCGCCUCGGAACCCUACCGAGUCAUAACAGCGUUCUCGAGUCAGCCAUGCACACCGUACAUGUUCAACCAAAGGACCGGUGAAUAUGAACAAGGAGACCACCGUAGACCGUACCAUUCUCUCGAUUACGUGACCUCAUCAGACGAGUCCGUGGAUUGGUACAGAUCGGCAGCCACAACAAACCAGGCGCCCACAACAACCCAGGCAGCCACAACAAACCAGGCGCCCACAACAACCAAGGCGCCCACAACAACCCAGGCAUCCACAACAACUCAGGCACCCACAAUAACCCAGGUACCCACAACAACCCAGGAACCCACAAUAACCAAGGCGCCAGCAACAACCCAGGCAUCCACAACAACCCAGGCAUCCACAACAACCCAGGCGCCCACAACAACCCAGGCACCCACAACAACCCAAGCAUCCACAACAACAAAGGUGCCCACAACAACCCAGGCAUCCACAACAACUCAGGCGCCCAAAACAACCCAGGCAUCCACAACAACCCAGGCACCCACAACAACCAAGGCGCCCACAACAACCCAGGUAUCCACAACAACCCAGGUACCCACAACAACCCAGGCAGUCACAACAACCCCGGCAUUGACAACAACCAAUGCUUUACCCAAAUAA